CAAGGAACAUUCGCAAUGAUAACCGGUUGCUACAGUGUUGAUAAAUAUACAUUCGUGCAUAAUUUAUAUCGUGGCGGCCUAUUCACUAAUCCUCCAAUACUGCUAAAUUCCUAUUUUUUUAAACGUGAAUUAUCUAAACAAAAAGUGGUAGAAGUUAAAUUAAUAUAGAGUAACAGAGCUUUUACGACUAUAUGUAUGUAAAUGUAGUUGGGUUUUUACUUUUUUUUCACUAAACGUGAAUCACCGGCAUGUUCGUUAUUCGUUAGCACGAGUGCGGUACCCACGAACGGUGACCGAUGAAAACCAAUGACGGGGAAGAACCCAUCUCAAAUGGCGAUUCCAAAUAAUACGAUGAACUACGAGUGAAUAUACUGAAGUUCAUUUUAAAUCGUACACUUGAUCGGAACAGUUGUGAAUUGCGCAGAAAGUUUCACACAGAGUUAUAGAUAUAUAAAAAACCAAAAAGUAAAUAGUCCAACAGUAAAAAUAUUGUAUAUUUGUACAAUAUAUACCUCGAAAUAUGUUUAGCAACAUAUACUCAUGUUGUUAGUGCAACAAGUGCUGCGGUUGCGAUAACUCGAAGUAAAAGUGAUUAAACGCGAACGUCGAUCACACCACAUGGUCGUAUUGUAUUUAUAUUAAAAAGAAGUUUGAACAAAAGCAUUCCUACUAAUUUUUCAAAAAAAGAUAAUAGAACUAAAAAGUCAAAAUGAUUAACGAAUAUAUUGACAUGGACACGCAUAGUAUUCGAUGCGUGAGCGAAUCAUCAAACGCAAGCACAAGUGGAUAUUCAACUAUGUCACCAGGCCCUGUUAAUACGCAGUCAACACCGCCUUCACCUUCACAAUCUCCAUCGACUUUAUUACAGUCAGAAUUUUCAAAUUUAAACUUACCCUCUAGCUCGCCGCAUAACCAACCAUCUUAUGCCACAUUGCAAAAUGCAACUCUGGGAUACAACCAAAGUGUUCAUCCCUCGACAGCAGCAAAUAACUACAUAAAUUACAACAUGCCAGUUACCGGAAUGUCUUCAGCUAUGGUUACAUUACCACAACAUCAGUAUGGUGGGCUGCAUCCACAAAUAUUGUCAAAUAUUACGCCCACGAUGACAACUUUAUCACAUGGAAAAUAUCCUGCGGAAUUGCGCAUACUAGAACAUCCAGUUGAAAAGUUUCGUUUUCGUUACAAAUCGGAAAUGCAUGGAACGCAUGGCUCACUGAAUGGCGCCAAUUCAAAACGUACUCCCAAAACAUUUCCUGAGGUAGAAUUGUACAAUUUCAAUGGUAAAGCGGUUAUACGGUGCAGUCUUUUCCAAACAAAUCUUGAAAGUCCACAUUCGCAUCAGUUGGUUGUGCGAAAAGAUGACACAGACAUUUGUGACCCACAUAAUUUAAUUGUUUCACCUGACCGCGGCUAUGUAGCACAAUUCCAAAAUAUGGGUAUAAUACACACUGCAAAAAAGUUUAUAUUCGAUGAGUUGUUGAAGAAAAAAAUGGAUCGUCUGAAGUUUGAAUUAGGCAGGAAUGAAUUAACAACAAAGGAGGUUCAGGAAUUGCACAAAGAAACAGAAAAAGAGUCUAAGGAAAUGAAUCUAAAUCAGGUCCGCUUAUGUUUCGAAGCAUUCAAAGUAGAGGAUGAUGGCUUGACGUACACUCGCAUAGCUGCUCCUGUCUACACAAACCCCAUCAAUAAUCGGAAAUCUGCUCAAACUGGUGAACUCCGCAUAUGUCGUCUCAGCAUUGCCACCGGAAGCGUGUCUGGAGGAGAUGACCUUAUUUUGCUGGUGGAAAAAGUAAGCAAGAAAAAUAUAAAAGUACGUUUCUACGAAUUCAACGAUGAUGAUGAUCUUGUUUGGGAAGCAUAUGGAAAAUUCCGUGAAUCUGAUGUGCAUCAUCAGUAUGCGAUCGUUUGUCAGACACCUCCAUAUAAAGACAAAGACAUAGAUAGAACUGUAGAUGUCAACAUAGAAUUGGUGCGUCCUUCAGAUGAUGAACGUAGUUUCCCGCCGGUAACUUUCCGAUACAAACCACGCGAUGUUGUUGUGUCACGUAAGCGUCGUCGAACCUGUUCUAGUGCCACGAGUAGCUCCGGCUCAGGCAGUUCUCUAAGUUCGUUUGAAUUGCCGAAACCAGUGCAGGAACAAACGGCUAACAUGAAAAUGGAAGCACAACCCCAAAUGCAAUAUACAGACAUGGGAGGUGCUUAUGGCUCCAACCAGCCAACCAUCAGUGAAGAAUACGAUAAAAAUUUACAAAUCAGCAAAUUAAUUGGCAGCGAAAUAUUCAAGGAGUAUAUGCAUAUGAACUCCGAGGAGUUGGCUAAAAUUUGCCCAACAGAUUCAGUAGAAAAUAUAUCUGGUAUAGGUAUCUAUGAUGAACUUUCAACCGGUACACUUGUAGAGGAUGGUACGUCCUCGACAUCUUUGACAAACCGCCAACUUUCCAGUGACAUGCGCAAACUUUAUAGAAAAUCUAUAUUAGGAACUCCUGUGGAUGUGCAAAUAAAUAGUUAUUUACAGCGUAUUUUUAAAAUAUUCGAUGAAAUACGAACCGCAAGGAAUUUGAGUGAAGAUCAGCUGGCCAAAGCAGCUAAAGAAGUCGAUGAUAUAUUUACCGAACAUUCGGAAAGAAAUGAAUUACGUGAGAGCAUUCUACAUGAGGUUAUUGUCAGCGACAAUCCGAAAUUAGUAAUUAAAACCUGUUCUGUAUUGGAAUACUUCAAGCUAAAACAUCUUUUUAGCAAAGUACUAAAUGCACGCAGUGAGAGCGCAUUGCAUACAGCGUGUCUUUACAAUCGUAUAAAAUACAUUCGACCACUUUUAGGUCUCGGCUGCGAUCCAAAUAUCCAAAAUAGCGAUGGAGAUACAGCGCUUCACAUUGCUGUGAAGGAACACCAUCAGAAUUGCAUUGAGAGUUUUCUCAAUCGCGAUGUAACGCUUGAUUUGACAAUUAAGAACGACGAAGGUUUCACACCUUUACAUUUAGCCAUUCGGCAAAAAAAUUAUGAUGUGGCAAAGAAGUUGUUGCAGCACGAUCGACGUGCGGCGCUUGUGCCGAAUGCAAAAGAACGCAAUAAUGCCUUACAUAUGGCCGUAUUGCAGUCAAAUUUUGAAUUUGUGAAAUUGAUACUGGAUACAACAACACAAAAUGUAGCCGAACUUAUGGGAGCAUCUAAUGCAGCUGGGCGUACUGUUUGCGAUUUGGCCAGAGAACUUAAGUCAAAGGUGGGAAAUCAAAUCAUAACAUACUUCGCUUCGUUAGGUUAUAAUACCAACGCUAGCGAUAGUUUGGUUAUUAAAGAAGAGGAGAUAUCUUCCUCCUCAACUGAAGAAGAUGAAGAUAAUGAAACUGCACCAUCAGAGACGAAUAUGUCUGAUCAAAUCAAAGAUAUAGGCAAAAUAAGAAUUAAGGAAGAAUUCAUAGGCAUGGGGCUGGACGAUGCAGACAAGUGUGAAGUAGCGAAAAGUCAACCAAGUACUUUUGAUGGAUUAUUGUGUGAUGAACGCAAGUAUCGAAAUCUUGUAAAUGCUUUAAAUGUACAGGAUAAAUGGAAGAGAUUGGCGGUGCCAUGCAAAAUGCAACAUUUACUUUGCUUGUGGACUAAUGCCGACGAUAUGUUGGAUUAUAUGCGCAAAAACAUUGAAUACGACACGUUUGUGUCGGCGUUAGAGCUCGUAGAUAAACAGACAUUAAAGUUGCUGCAAGAUACAUAAGCACUUACCUAUUCGUUCAUAUAAUUUUAUACGUGGAAAAUAUAGAUUAUAGAAAACGUAAGCAAAUCUGCUUAGAUAAAUAUUUAUUCCAUAUUACAAUAAUUUACCUGUACAUUAUAGAAAUUAUAAUUUUGUCUUAACUUCAAAACAACAAAUACAAGUAUGUACAUAUGUGCAGAAAAGUAGUGAGUUUUCGCUUGUAGAAGGCGCACGAUGUAUGUAAUUACCUAUAUAGGUAUAUUUAGAAUUCAUUAAGUUAAUUUUGAAACUGUAACAAUAUUAAUUGAGCAAAUAAACUCGUAUACUUAUGUUGAAAAA